AAAGGAUGCAACGGUAUCCUCACGCCAGGCCAAAUCAAGCUUUAAAAAGCAAACGCAAUAAUGGUGAAAGCAGUAAACUUGUCCAAAAUACAGAAGUGUGUGUAGUAAGGGGCAGUGGGAGCGGUACACAUGCGCACCGCUAGCGCCUGGUCACACAGGCUGGACGACAGUCAGCAUUACAUUGGCAAGAAACCUCAUCAUUUUCAGCAAGCAAACGAAGAUCACAUACUCGUUUAUUUUAAAAAGCAGCACCUGCAUCCACCCAUCCAAGUCAGCAACGCCUGCCUGUCUCUCCCUCUCAAUCAAUGCAUCUCUGCAUCGCGACGUCAUUAUUUUAACCAUAAAUAAGCAUAUAUCUAUCUGCAUCUGGUCCAGAAACGGGUGUUUGCACCGCAGGCAUCUCAUUCAGCGCUGCCCGAGGAGGAUGCGGUGUCGAUCCGUCAUUUGGAUUCCUUCUUCGUUGCUGGUGACUUUUCGCUUGAUGCGUCUCCUGUCGUGAAUUGGGGACACCGACCGUUCAGAGCUUGGCUGGCGGCGCAUCCUUCAUGUACAUGAAGCCAAGUGAAAUACAUGUUUCCCAGUUAAUAUCACUGGCCAGCCCCUGCCUGCCCGACAGCACCGCCAUUUUGGUUCAGUGGCAAUCAGAGGUAAUCGUAUUUAGAAUGAACAGCGGAGUGGGAUUGGAAGACCUGCCCAGCGAUGCAAGACCACCCAGUCAAGGUAGUCUACACGAGGUAACUGGCAACAGUCUCACUCAGACCACCCACCUGCCAACCAAAGCCUUCAUUAUUCCAGCAGCGAAUCUUCGAAAACCUCGGAGUUUCUCCAGAGAAAGCCAGACCAUUUCUCUGCCGGUCAAAGCUGAGCCGUCGGACAGCCCAGUGCCGGCGACUGCAACCAUCAGCCCUCAGAUCAGCGGCACGCACAACUGUGACGUGGUCAGCGUCCUGGAGUGGAAAGAUGGCAUUGCCACCUUGCCUGGGAGCAACCUGAAGUUCCGACUGAAUGAGUUUGGAGUUCUGGAAGUUGUCGGCACAGAAGGCAUCGUGACGAAAUCAGUGACCAGAAUCUCCCGGGUGACCACAGUGGAGGCUGUGAGUGACACUUGCAGUGAGGAGGCAGGAUGGAAUGCCACCACUGCUCAUCAAUUGAAACAGAUGACGGUGUCGUACAGGAGGGAGGCUAUGGGACGUUGCCGCUGCUGCAUGAACUGUGGCCACACCUACAUGGCAAGAGAGGUCAGAGGCAGCAGCAGGUUCUGCAGUGAUCAUUGUCUGCACCAGUUCAAAGACAAGUCGCUGCGGAUGGGGAGUGUAGCGGUGAAGAGGAGUGCGGGGGCCAUACUGAAACGGGUGAAGAAACGGAAGAGGAAAGUGUGCCUGAGCCCCAGUUCAGAAUCCAAUGAGGAGUACAGAUAUGAAUCGACCGAACUGGAGCAAGCGGAGGAGAGGAACAAAGACUCUACAAGUGUCAGGGGACAUCUGAUGGAUGGCAACCGUUACACAGACUUCAGGCAGCAACACCCGGAUCAACACAACCUCACUUUCCCUGGCCAGGCUGUUUCUGUGGUUGGAAAGAACAAACUCUCGUCAUGGGCUUUGUACCUAGAAGAGGAAAAGUCUCUUGCUGCUCCUGUCAAACUGUUCCGAGAGUACCAGUCGUAUCCGCUGACUAGGAAUGCGUUCAAAGUCGGCAUGAAGUUGGAGGGCAUCGAUCCUACUCACCCAUCCAUGUACUUUGUACUCACCGUGUUUGAGGUCUGUGGUUAUCGGGUGCGGCUCCACUUUGACGGAUAUUCUGAAGGUCAUGAUUUCUGGGUGAACGCUGAUAGCCCAGACAUCCAUCCUGCGGGCUGGUGUGAGAAGACAGGUCACCGCUUGUAUCUGCCCAGAGGCUACAAGGAUGGAGAAUUCAGCUGGCCAACUUACCUGCGGGUCACCAAGUCACAGGCUGCUGCCAAACAUCUCUUCAUCAGUCAAAACACAGCAGUCCUGCCCCUGGGAUUCCGUGUUGGGAUGAAGCUGGAGGCAGUGGAUCGGAUGAACCCAUCGCUGAUCUGUGUGGCCACAGUGACAGACAUUGUGGACAGCAGGUUUCUGGUGCACUUCGACAACUGGGACGACACCUAUGAUUACUGGUGUGACGCUAGCAGUCCCUACAUCCAUCCUGUGGGCUGGUGCCAGCAACAUGGAAAACCCCUGACUCCUCCGCAAGGUUACCUCCAGCCCGAGCAGUUUGCCUGGGACAGAUACCUGGAGGAGACUGGAUCCACUGCUGCCCCUGCUCGUGCAUUUAAAACACGGCCACUGCACACCUUCCAGAUCAACAUGAAGCUGGAAGCUGUUGACCGGCGUAAUCCUAGGCUGGUGCGUGUGGCCACUGUUGUAGAUGUUGAUGAUGAUCACAGGUUAAAGAUCAGCUUUGACGGAUGCAACCAUGCGUACAGCUACUGGGUGGACACUGAUGAUGCAGAUCUACACCCAGCAGACUGGUGUCACAAGACGGGACAUGUACUCCACCACCCAGUCAAAUCUACAGAUUCCGUAGCCGAUCCCGGGCUGAAGCGCUGCCCACCACCGGUGUGGAAGAGUAUCGGUCACGGCAAAGGGUCAAAGUACACCACUCAUCACCGGAAGUGCCCCACACCGGGCUGCGAUGGCUCAGGCCACGUCACUGGGAAAUUCAUUGGCCACCACCGGUUGUCAGGCUGCCCACUGGCCGAGAAGAAUCAAGCCAAGAUAAAGUUGGAUCUGUCGAACGCUGAGGGGUCAUCUCGAAAAAGAGAUUUCUUGUCAUUUGGACGAAGAAAGAAAUCAAGACAUCGCGGGAGAAUUGGCCGGCCUCCCAAGUACCACAAACUCCAGCAAGACGAGUUGAAAGUCAGCUUUCAAACUCGUUCACUGUCCGUGUGUUGGGAACAACACUGCAAGCUGCUUCCAGGUGUCGCUGGGAUCAGUGCCAACAAGGUGGCCAAAUGGACCAUCGAGGAGGUGGGAAACUUUGUUCAGAAACUUACUGGUUGUGAACAGCAGGCAAAGCACUUCAAAGAGGAGUCGAUCGAUGGCGAAGCUUUUCUUCUGUUAACGCAAGUAGAUAUAGUGAAGAUUAUGUGUAUUAAACUUGGCCCAGCUUUGAAGAUUUAUAACUCUAUCCUUAUGUUCAAAAACGCAGACGACAGCAGUGUGAACUCAAGUUCUACAUAAUCCUAUAAGUAAAACUGCUAGGGAAACGCAGAAAACUCUGUGUUAUUAUCAUUGUUGUUUUUGCAUGGCAAGAAAGUUGGAUGAAAGUUGGCACGCGUUGUAUUAGUAAUCUUCACGAUGAACGGGAAGUUACAGAUUCUGUUACCGAUUAGAUUAUAUUCCCAUUCCUGGAAUCCACUGCGAGUAUUUGUGAGUUUUACUGUGAUAUUUUAAAUGUAAUUCAAUGACACGAUUAUUAAUCACUUUUAUAAAAGUUAUCAAAAGUAUUAUUGUACAGUAAAUAACAUUCAAAUAGUAUAUGGUGCAGUACUAUUUUGAAUUAUUUAAUAAAUUAUUGAGAAAUGUAGUCGCAGGUGAAAACUCGGAAGAGAAUGUGAUGUAUUUUGUACAUGUUUAAAAGUUAUACAAUCUGACAUAAAACUCAGAUUGCAAGUUUUCUAACUGUUUGUGAGUUUACACUUGGAUCGAGUGGAACUAUCUUGCCACACUGACGAGAGUGGAGUUUCACUCUCAAACCUGCCCAUGUUGUGUGUAUUUCAGUAUUAUUGGGCAGUUACUUGCUGUCCUAACAUCCACACUGAGUUUCAGAAAGCGGUGAUGGCAGGGCUGUUUUAGUCAGAGUGUUGUGCCACACUGGGGAAAACAUUCCAGGGAAGCUUCAGUCGAGGGCAAAGAAACUUCCAGAUUGUUCUGAGAAUUUAAAUAUGAUUGUCAAAAAUCAGUCGACAUGAAUGUUCCCUCUCCUGCUGUUUUUGCAUGAGUUUACCGAAUUAAAGUAGGGGUGACAGAAAUGUCCUAUCAUGGUGCCAAGAAGUUUCCGCUCAUACUGCCGGCAGCUGUUUGUGUAUUUUCUAUGUAUGAGCUGAUGUGAAUCACACACACGUCGUGCCCCUGUGUUUCUACCCGAGUUCUGUGCACACAUCAUGUCUGGUUUGAGCUUUGCAGUGACAUCACGGAUCUGUAUUGACUGUUGCUUCAUCUCUUCUGUAAAGGUCCCUAAAUAGGAUAAAGCAUUAUGAAUAAAUUACUUUGUUU